AUGUCUACCGGAAAGGGAUGGCUAGAAUACGAGAGUGGCCAUGCUUGGUGUGAGAGUGCCUACAAAUACCAGAUCCACUACUUGGUCGCGGAAUUUGCCAAUACGGUCACCAACCUUCCAAUCAUUAUUUUACCGUUGAUCAAUGCAAUGAUGAUGAGGGCCUAUAUUCGCAAAGUAAAUUUUGGCGUUAUCUGGCCCAAUGUGCUUCUCGUCCUCAACGGUCUUGCUUCCACUUAUUACCAUGCGACACUUAACCUUUUUGGUCAACUAGUUGACGAGCUUGCCAUUCUCUGGAUUAUUAAUGUAUUCCUGGUCGUCUAUGUCCCCGUAAUGAAGUGGUAUCCAGAAAAGUUCAACUCAAAGAUGCCAGUUUUUCGAUGGAUGGUCGUCAUCUUUGCCACCAUCAUCUCCGGCAUGUGUUUCUUUGAGCCAAAUCUGAAUGCUCUCGCAUUAAUGACGUACACGAUUCCCGGCACAUUGGUGAUCAACUAUGAGGGAAAGAACGCCGGUUUGCCAGAAAUCGCCAAUUUCCCGAGGCGCGUCUUCGUCCUUUGGGGCGCGGCAAUCACUUUCUGGUUUUCUGAUCGUUUGAUGUGCGACGUGUGGUUGUGGAUCAGCUUCCCCUACCUCCACGCCAUCUUCCAUCUCCUUUCUUCGGUCGCUGCCUACAAUGUCUUUAUUAUGUUUAAUUACAUUGAUAUUUCGAAGAGGAGCAACGAGCAUAAAUUCACUGCUGCGGUGAAAUACUUCCCUGCCAAACACGGCCCAAUCUGGUCACUUCCCUACAUCACCCUGCGGAACAAGGCUGAA